UAACUGUGACUCCUUGUGAGAGGCGGGGCGAGAAGACUUGCCGGGACUUUAUUGGCAUGUCUCCGGGUUCUUGAACUAAGAGAGGGGAGGCUUUUUGCUGACCACCCAUCACACACGUCACCAUGUCCUCAGAGAACACCUUGGACGAUGAGGAUACCUUCAAGAUCCUGAUUGCCACAGAUAUUCACCUCGGUUACCUUGAGAAGGAUGCUAUUCGUGGCAAUGACUCUUAUAAUACACUCGAUGAAAUCCUGAAAUGUGCCAAGACAAAUGAGGUAGAUUUCAUCUUGCUGGGUGGUGAUUUAUUCCACGAGAACAAGCCGUCACGCCGAUGCCUCCACAACUGCAUCACUAUGCUGAGAAAAUACUGCAUGGGAGACACACCCAUACAGUUUGACAUCGUCAGUGACCAGACUGUGAACUUCAACACCUCCAAGUUCCCCUGGGUCAACUAUCAGGAUGAAAAUCUCAACAUCUCUAUUCCUGCAUUCAGCAUUCAUGGUAACCACGAUGACCCAACUGGGGCCGAGGGCUUAUGUGCGCUGGAUCUGCUAAGUGCUUCUGGUCUUCUCAAUCACUUUGGUCACUCCCAGUCCGUGGAGAGCAUAGAAAUUAGUCCCAUCCUCAUGCAGAAAGGCAACACCAAGCUGGCCUUAUUUGGCCUUGGCUCUAUCCCAGAUGAGCGCCUGUACAGGAUGUUCGUCAACAACCAGGUAACGAUGCUGCGUCCUAAAGAAGACCAAGAUGAAUGGUUCAACCUCUUCGCCAUCCACCAGAACAGGAGUAAACACGGACCCACCAACUACAUCCCUGAGCAGUUCCUGGAUGAUUUUCUCGACUUGGUGGUUUGGGGUCAUGAGCACGAGUGUUUGAUCACACCAUCCAGAAAUGAACAGCAGCUCUUCUAUGUGAUACAGCCUGGCAGCUCUGUAGCCACCUCCCUGUCCCCUGGAGAGGCAACAAAGAAGCACAUAGGACUGCUGAGGGUGAAAGGUCGAAAGAUGAACCUUCAAAAGAUCCCCCUUAAGACGGUGCGUCAGUUCUUCAUCCAAGACGUGGUGCUUGGUGACUACCCAGACCUCUUCACCCCCGAUACGCCCCAGGUCACAAAGAAGGUGGAGAACCUGUGCUAUGCAAAGGUCACAGAGAUGCUGGAGGAAGCGGAGAGAGAAAGACUUGGAUGUCCGCUCACCCCAGAGAAACCUCUUAUUCGCCUGAGGGUUGACUACAGCGGGGGCUUUGACACCUUCCACACCUCUCGCUUCAGUCAGAAGUUUGUGGAGCGCGUAGCCAACCCCAAAGACAUCAUUCACUUUCUGCGACGCCGCGAGCAGAAAGAGGACAACAAAGACGAGGUCAACGUGGACUACGGCAGCCUGUUAAAAACCACAGCGGCUGAGGGGCUGAGAGUGGAGGACCUGGUCAAACAGUACUUUGCUGCAACCGAACAGACGGUGCAGCUGUCUCUCCUGACGGAGCACGGCAUGGGGAAGGCCCUCCAGGAGUUUGUGGACAAAGAUGAGAAAGACGCAAUUGAGGAGCUGAUCACUUACCAGUUAGAGAAGACACAGUGCCACCUGCAGGCCAGAGCAGUAACCACGGAGCAGGAUAUAGACACUGAGAUCCAGCGAUUCAGAGACUCCAAAAAGAACACGACCGAGGAAGAUAAUGAAAUCAAAGAAGCGAUCAGCAGAGCCAAAGCUCACCGUGUGGAGCAGGGCAACGAGCCGGUAGACGCCGAUAUAUCCAAUGAGCUUGAUCUGGACUCUGACGGAGGCUCAGGCCCAUCUGCUGCCCCCACACGAGGCAGAGGACGAGGAGGCAGGGGGCGGGGGAGCCGCGGAAGGGGGAGAGGGGCAGCUGCCUCCGAACCAAAGCCAGCCAGUCGGGGCCGUUCCCAGAAAUCCUCAGCAGCAACCCAAAACAGGAGCAUCAUGCAAGCAUUUCAAGCUUCCUCCCAGAGAUCAUCUCGGACUUCGGAUGAGGUGAUCAUUGAUGACUCGGAUGAAGAAAUGCCUUUGAUGAAAACUACACGACCCCCUCCAAGGCCAGCUGCAGCUUCGUCCUCCUCGUCCUCCUCCUUCACCAAGUACAGCUCUCAGAGCCAGUCAUCUAAAGGGGUCGCAUUUGAUGACAGUGAUGAUGAAGACGAGGACCCAUUCAAAGGCCCCAGCCGUGCACGAAGAUAACGAGUGCACCGAUUAUAUUAAUGUUUAUUUUCCCCCCAAAUCUGUGAAUGCUAAUUCAUAUGUGAGCUUGCAGUGUGUUCUGGAGGACUUUCAGGUGCAUUUUCAAUUUUUCCAGCACUCAUCCUAUUGUUGAGAAUAGAUCAGUUAAUUAGUUACAGCUUGUGGUAAAAACUGUCCAAUUAAUGCAUUUUGGUGAUUGCGUUGCUAUCGGAUGUUCAGGAAAUUAUAAAUGUUUUUUCAUACAUAAUCA